UCCGAUGCCGAAUUGAUCGGUGAAAACGAAAGGUUACGGAGAGAAAACCUUCAACUCAACAAAGAGUUAAGCCAGAUGAAGCAGUUAUGCAACAGUAUAUGUGUAAUGAUGUCAAAUUAUGCAACCAACACAACCACCAGUCCUUCGGAUUCCACCACCAUCAAACCACUUGAACUCCUACUGUUGAAACGCUCUUCUGAAGACUCCGGUAGGGGUGGAAGUGGAAUAACUGGAGAGUUUAUAAACCCUAGGUUAUUUAGUGUACCGAUAGGUAUGAAACGUGUGAGAGAGGACGACGGUGAUGCGGCGGAGCUGCGGUUGGAACCGCCGGGAGAUGGUGUUAAACUGGAGCUGUCGGAUGGUAGCGUAAAGUGGAGUGGUGUUGAUUUGAAGUAAUCCACGUUAAUGAUGAAAAACCGUCAUGUGUCAGAUCGGAUGCAUUGUCAUGAUCAGGUUGACAAAAGAAAGUUGGGUUGGUGUGCAAGAAAAAAAAUCUG